AUGCCUCUGAGCCCGGCCGGCAGCAAGCAUGAGAGCCCCGAGUCACCGCCGCCAGAGCCCCGCUCCGGAGAGCCGGGCCCCGGCCUGCGGGAGGACACGCGGCUCGACCCGGCCAGGACCCCCACCGGGCCCCGCUCCCCAACGCUGGCGGCAGCGGCGCGCAUGGAGGAGCCCGCACCCGGCGCCAUCGUCGUCCGCAUCGGCAUCCCCGACCUGCAGCAGACGAAGUGUCUACGGUUGAAUCCCGAUGUUCCCGUGUGGGUUUCCAAGCAGCGCAUCCUGUGCACAUUGAACCACAGCCUGAAGGAUGUUCUCAACUAUGGGCUCUUCCAGCCAGCCUUCAAUGGCCGGGCUGGGAAGUUUUCUGGAUGA